AUGGAGUCAGUGGAGGUGGCACUUUUAGGGGGAAAUGGAGUCAAUGGAGUCAGUGAAGGUGGCACUUUUAGGGGAAAUGGAGUCAGUGAAGGUGGCAAUUGGCACUUUCAGGGGGAAAUGGAGUCAGUGAAGGUGGCACUUUUAGGGGGAAAUGGAGUCAGUGAAGGUGGCACUUUAGGGGGAAAGUCAGUGAAGGUGGCACUUUUAGGGGAAGUGGGAGGUGGCACUUUAGGGGGAAAUGGAGUAAUAGAGGUGGCACUUUUAGGGGAAACGGAGGAGGUGGCACUUUUAGGGGGAAAUGGAGUCAGUGAAGGUGGCACUUCUAGGGGGAAAUGGAGUUAA